UUGAUCGGUUACUCCAUUCUGUAUGGAACUGAAGAAAGCUCUUGGCAGAACCAAACCUCUCUCCACACUGAAAUUUAUUUCCAAGGUCUUUCUAAGUACAGCAACUAUACGAUAAAAGUUGCAGGUUUUUCCAACUACGGUGCUGGGCCGUUCUCGUUCCCAAUAGUUUGCACUACGUUACAAGAUGUUCCUGAUCCACCUUCAGAUAUCAAAGUUCUUAUUCUAUCAUCUACAUCACUCCCUGGUCCACCUCUAACGAGUCGUGUGGAUCCUUCUCGGACCACAGCUGAGAUCAAGGAGUUGACGAGCGGAAGAUCGUAUGAAGUGUGGGUGACUGGAAGUACCGCGGCUGGCGAGGGCGCGCCUAGUAGGAGAGCCUCGCAUACACCUGCUAAUAGAGUUGUGGCCGGAGUCGCAUCAUUAGGUGGCACCAUAUCAGUGGGAGUCAGUUCAUCCUUACUACUCGUGUGUCAAUGUGUCGGAGUACCACCACCUCGCACUGUGUGGUACCACAAACAUAAUAUAAUAACACAUCAUCCGAGAUUCACGAGGAAUCAUGACGACAGCUUGCUGAUUAACAACAUAGACCAAUCCCUGAGCGGCAACUACACAUGUCUUGCAAAGAAUCUGUAUGGUUCUGAUUCAGUGGAGUACACCGUAGUAGUUCUACCACUGCCCGAAGCACCAACACUACGAGCCACGCCAUACAAAGACUCGAUAUUAGUUGAAUGGGAACAACCUUAUUAUAGCAUCAGUAACCGUAGCUCGAACCAGAAAAUUACUUAUAGCCUAACAUGGAAAGAAGCAAGCGGUCCGUGGCAAGAAGUGUGGUCACCAAACAAAGUACCUAAUAAAUUAUCAAACCUCUCUGGAGUUCAAAACAUGCGCUGA